AUGGUUAGACCCCGAGGGCCAUUCGGAUUUCAACAAAAUCCUCAACAAGAUCGGCUUUUAUCUAUCGAGUCUAAGAUGGAUAAAUUCAUUGAUACAAUGGGGAGUAAGUUGACUAGUCAAGAGGAGGCUCGAAGAGAAUGGAGGAGGCCAUUCUUGAACAUCGAUAGAGCCUUGAUGGAUGUGUAUAAGGGAGGGCUCCCGUUAAGGAUAGGAGAGGAACAAGUGGAGUUUUGGAUGAGCAAAGCUAUGAAACAUCCUAUGAAAAAAGAGAUUUGCCUCAGAGUGGAUGUAAUUGAAGAGUGUGUUGUAGAAAAGGAAGAGAAAAAGCAAAAGGAAGGCAUUUUUGAAGAAGAAAAGCAAAUGGUAGCUAGUGUGGAGGACGAGAGGACUACACCGGAGUUACUAAUGAGGACGAAUGCCCCUACACCUCUAUCAAUUGUCAAGCCACCUACACUUAAGCUCAAGCCUUUACCAAGUCACCUUAGGAAAGCUUUACCAUGCCACCAAGAACAAAACCACCCAUCAAGAGGAGGCCGACGGGUCAAUCCGGAUAAGGGAAAGAGGUGGCUCCCCCUACACCAUAACCCGACUUUGCGGCUCAAUUUGGUAUGCCAUUCCGGAUCUACUCUAAGAAAGAAGGAAUCGAUGGUUGAUUUGAGCCAAAAGGUAGGAUUAGAGACUUUCAUUGCUUGUGACCUUGCAACUUAUGAAGAGUUAACUUGGAAAUUUUACACCACCUUAUGUUAUGAUAUUAAAAAUUUGACAUCUCUUUGGUUUAGGUUGUUUGGUGGUUUUUAUGAGGUUACUCUUGACUCGUUGAAUCAAAUUCUUAAGGCAAUGGGAAUGGGUUACAUUGUGAUCGCUUUAGCAACCCAUUUUUACAUUGAUUUUUCUUGCCUAACCCCAUUUGUCAAAGAUUUUUUUCGAGAAGAUCACUUGAGGAGUGCAGAGAUCCUUUUAAUUGCGAACUCAAGUGACGAUGUGGAGAAUGAUGCUGAGGAAGAAGGGUGGAGAAUUGUCCUUAAAAGGAUGGAGGAGACAAAUGCAAUCUAUGAUACAAGAAUAACCGCCAUGGAAACUCAAAUAAAGAAUUUAGCCAAGUUUCAAUGUGUGCAAUUUGAAUUUGAGAUGCUUGAAUGGACUUUGUAG